ACUCGGCGGAGCGGAGCCCCGCGCCCGCCGCGCCCCGUGCGAGCAUCAUGAAGGACGGCUCCCGGCAGCGGCCCAUGCAGAAGAAGACGGUGUCCUUCAGCACGAUGCCCAACGACCGGAAGAUAAACAGCGCAGCUGCCUGCAUCUCCUUCAUGCUGGAGGGCUGUGAGCUGAAGAAGGUGCGCUCCAACUCCCGUAUGUACAGCCGCUUCUUCGUGCUGGAUGCCGACAUGCGCUCCGUGCGCUGGGAGCCUUCCAAGAAGGACUCAGAGAAGGCCAAGAUUGAGAUCAAAUCGGUGAAGGAGGUGCGCGUGGGCAAGAAAACGCCCAUCCUGCGCAGCAAUGGCCUCUCUGACCAGUUCCCCGAUGAGUGCGCCUUCUCCAUCAUCUAUGGAGACAACUACGAGUCCCUGGACCUGGUGGCCAGCUCAGCCGACGUGGUGAGCGCCUGGGUGAUGGGGCUGCGGUACCUGCUGUCCUAUGGGAAGCACACGCCCGAGGCCCUGGGGUCCGGCCACCCCAGCCUGCGCACCUCCUGGAUCUCCUCCGUCUUCGACCUCGCUGACCUGGAGAAGUCCGGCCGCAUCCCCGUGUCCCGCGCCGUGCAGCUCAUCAAGGCGCUCAACCCCGGCAUGAAGGUGUCCACCAUUGAGCUGAAGUUCAAGGAGCUGCAGAAGGCCAGCGAGCGUCCCGGCACUGAGGUGGCCUGCGACCUGUUUGUGGAGGCAUACUGCGAGCUCUGCACCCGGCCCGAGAUCUUCUUCCUGCUGGUGCAGUUCUCCAGCAACAAGGAGUACCUGGGCCUGAAGGACCUGCUGACGUUCCUGGAGGUGGAGCAGGGCAUGGAGGGCGUCACGGAGGAGAAGUGCUUGGAGAUUGUCAGCAAGUACGAGCCCUCCAAAGAGGGCCGGGAGAAGGGCUACCUGGCCAUCGACGGCUUCACCCGCUACCUGCUCUCCUCCGAAUGCUCCAUCUUCGACCCGCAGCACCGCCGUGUGUGCCAGGACAUGGCGCAGCCUCUCUCCCACUACUACAUCAGCUCUGCCCACAGCGCCUGCCUGCUGGAGGACAACUUCUGGGGCCGCUCGGACAUCAGCGGAUACGUCAGCGCGCUGGGGCUGGGCUGCCGCAGCAUCGAGCUGGUGCUGUGGGACGGCCCCGACGGGGAGCCCGUGGUCUACACCAGCCCCUCGGCCGCCUCCUGCGUGCCCUUCCGCUCCGUGGUGGGGCUGAUCGACCAGCACGCCUUCACCGCCUCCGCCUACCCGCUGAUCCUCUGCCUGGUGGUGCGCUGCUCUGCCGCCCAGCAGCGCCUGGCCGCCCAGUGCCUGCGCAAGACGCUGGGCGAGAAGCUCUACCUGGAGCCGCCCGACCCCGCCGCCUCCUACCUGCCCUCCCCGGAGCGGCUCAAGGGCCGCAUCCUGAUCAAGGGCAAGAAGCUGCCGCCCGGCUGCGAGGACAGCGAGGGGGAGGUGUCGGACGACGAGGAAGGCCGGGAGCUGGCGCGGAGGCUGGGCCAGGAGGACCGCGAGGCGGCGGAAGGGGGGGCCCGGCGGCGCGUGCGGCUCAGCCGUGAGCUCUCGGAGCUGGUGAGCCUCUGCCAGGCCGUCCCCUUCCAGGACUUCGAGAGCUCACGGCGCGGGCAGCGCUACUGGGAGAUGUGCUCCUUCAGCGAGGUGGAGGCGGGCCGCUUCGCCAACGAGUGCCCGGCCGAGCUGGUGAGCUACAACAAGCGCUUCCUCUCCCGCGUCUACCCCAGCCCCAUGCGCAUCGAUGCCAGCAACAUGAACCCACAGGACUUCUGGAAGUGCGGCUGCCAGAUGGUGGCCAUGAACUACCAGACGCCGGGGCUGAUGAUGGACCUCAACGCGGGCUGGUUCCGGCAGAACGGGGCUUGCGGUUACGUCCUCCGCCCCGCCAUCAUGCGGGAGGAGGUCUCCUACUUCAGUGCCAACGCCAAGGACUCCCUGCCCGGGGUGCCCGCACAGCUCCUGCACCUCAAAGUCAUCAGCGGGCAGAACCUGCCCAAGCCAAAGGGCUCGGGGGCCAAGGGGGAGGUGGUGGAGCCCUACGUCUGCGCUGAGAUCCACGGCAUCCCAGCUGACUGCGCGGAGCACCGCACCAAGACGGCCCUGCAGAGCGGGGACAACCCCGUCUUCGAUGAGAGCCUGGAGUUCCAGAUCAACCUGCCCGAGCUGGCUGUGCUGCGCUUCGUCGUGCUGGAUGAUGACUACAUCGGGGACGAGUUCAUUGCGCAGUACACCAUCCCCUUCGAGUGCCUGCAGCCUGGCUACCGCCACGUCCCGCUCCAGUCGCUGUCUGGGGAGCCCCUGCCCCACGCCACCCUCUUUGUGCACGUGGCCAUCACCGACCGCCGCGGGGGGGGCAAGGGGCACCGCCGGGGGCUGGCAGGGCGCCGGGGCCGCCGGGUGCGCGAGUAUACGUCCACCAAAGCCACCGGCAUCAAGGCCAUCGAUGAGGUCUUCCGGACGGCCACUCAGCCCCUGCGAGAGGCCACCGACCUGCGGGAGAACGUGCAGAACGCGCUGGUCUCCUUCAAGGAGCUGUGCGGCCUGACGCCCGCCGCCAACAUGAAGCAGUGCAUCCUGACGGUGGCUGCGUGGCUGCUGCACAGUGACAGUGUGCCCAGCGUCACCCUCAACCUGGCUGAGCAGUACCCCCCCAUGGAGGCACAGGGCCCCAUCCCUGACCUGCUGCGCAAGGUCCUCACUGCCUACGAGACGAUGAUCCAGACCAGCCGGACGCUGAUCGAGUCUGCUGACGCAGUGCACAGCAAGCUCAUCCAGGCGCAGCAGGCAGGUAUGGACUUCCACAAGGAGCUGCACCGCAUCGAGGCCAAGGAGGGGCUGCGGGGACGGAAGCUGCAGAAAGCACUGGAGAGCUUUGCCUGGAACAUCACCGUCCUGAAGGGCCAGGCUGACCUUCUCAAGCAUGCCAAGGCGGAGGCGCUGGACAACCUCUGGCAGAUCCACAAUGCCGGGCAGUCCUGUGGCAUCGGCAGGAACGGUUUGGCCUCGCCGGAGCCGUCCCGGCUGCGCGCACCACUGGAGCCCAUCCCUGAGGCAGAAGGAGGCAGCGAUGCCGCGUCCUGCUGACCCCGGCCUGGGGCUCAGGCAGCUCCCAUGGAGCAGCCUCUGCUGCAGGAACAGGAACU